CUGACACGAAGCUGCAGCAUCGUAUUUAAAAGGCGUCUCGGAGGCGAGCAGGUCGUUUAGCCGGAGAAAAUGGAACAAAACCGCACAAUUGUGAGCGUUAAAGUGUGAUUUAAGACACACGUCGUGCUAUGUAAGGUUUUUUUUUGUGAUGUCAUGUGCAUAAAAAACGAGGUAGGUGAAAAGAGGGACGAACAAGGCUUUGAUAGACGUGUAACAAGGCGCCAUAUGGAGAACAACAACGACUACAUUUGACUCGGUAUCGGACACAAAGUUAACAUCCACAUGCACGUCGUCAAGAGGAGGACGAGAUGAUGUUGGUCAGCGCCCUCCUGAGCCUCGCCGGGUGGGUGUCCCUCUACUUCGCCCUGUGCCGCGUCAACGGGCGCCGCAGCUCCGAGUGGAACUGUCGCCUCGUCACCUUGUUGCAUGGGAUUCUUGCCGUCUGCGUCACGGCGUACAUCGGCUACGUGGACGGACCGUGGCCCUUCGCACAUCCAGGUACAAAGAACACACCUCUGCAGAUAAACGCCCUGAUGCUGAGCCUGGGCUACUUCAUUUUCGACAUGGCCUGGUGCGUCCACUUCCGCACCGAGGGGGCCGUGAUGCUGGCCCACCACACGGUGAGCAUCCUGGGCAUCGUGCUGACCCUGUGGCUGGGGGAGUCGGGCAUCGAAGGCUGCGCCGUGCUUUUCGGCAGCGAGAUCACCAACCCCCUCCUGCAGGCGCGAUGGUUCAUCAAGCAGACGGGCCGCUACGGGACGCCGUUGGCCGACGCCGUGGACGUCCUGUUUGUGCUGCUCUUUGUGCUGAUGCGAGUCUUCGUGGGAGGGACAAUGCUGUACUGUGAGCUGAUCUCGCCGAGGCCCAGAUUCUUCAUCAAGUGCGGGGGAGUGGCCAUGUACGCGCUUUCCUGGGUCUUUAUGGUGGACAUUGUUCGCUUUGCCGUCCGCAAGAGCAGGACUUGGCGCCGGCGGCGGCGUGAGCAACAGGAGGCGACUCAUGACGAUAAAGGCAAAAGGGACUGAUGACUCAUACUUUUAGCAAAUACUUUUCAUCUAUGAAACUGAGAUGCAAAACAAUGCUUUAGGCAGACCGUAAGCAGCCAAGCAAAACGUGGCUCCAAAGUUUGUUUACAUCACAAUCCUUGCGGGCGUCAUAUGUCAAACUUGUAUGCUUUUUUUGUGUACUCAGGGAAAAAACAUUUAGUUUCGAAGUCAUUUUAAUAAGCUUGCUUUGAAAAUGUGUUGGCAUUCGCUUGCCCUACUUCUUGCCUUCUCAAACCUUUUUUUUUACCAAGUGCCACCACAGCAAACCCUUGGCUCGCCAAGUACCAGUAGCGUAGUCGGCCUAAAUAUUCAUCAAAAACAAGGUAGAGGUUUUAUUUAACUAUUUAAUAUUUUUGGCAACUGUAACAUUACAUACAAUUUGAACAGUAACACCGUGUUUGAAUAUUUAAUUAAGUGAUUCUUUGGUGUACCACUAGAUAGAGCCCGUGUAUCACUAUUGGUACCACAGUUUGAGAAUCACUGCCCUAAUGUGUAUUCUAGUGAGGUGCGGUUCGAUACUGAAAUCCCGACACUGCCGAUACCAGAGGGUUAUGCGCUAAUAUCGAUUCUUAAAUUAAAAUAUUGAUACUUUUGAUACUUUAUUUGUUUGGGAUAAUGUAAACCAUCGCAAGGCAGUAACUCAGUAUAAAGUAAAUAGUUGAGAUCUUGCAAUUGAGGGAACUCCUUUUUCUUCCGCCUAGGUAAGUCAAUACAAACGCAGUCA